AUGGCCGACUUGAAGGAGAUUGCAGUUAUUGGUGGCACUGGCGCCCAGGGCAUACCUGUGGUAGAAGCGCUGGCUGCGAGCGGAAGAUACCGCCUCAGGGUCUUGACGCGCGACCCCGAGUCCGCCCGUGCAAAGCGGCUCGCUGGUCUUCCAAACGUCACGAUGCUCCGAGGCGCCCAAACCAACCAGGAGGAUUUGCACAAGGUGUUUCACGGUGUAUAUGGCGCCUGGGUCAACCUUGACGGAUUUACCUUGGGAGAGAAGGACGAGCUGUUCUACGGCUUUAGAGCCUACGAGAUCGCGAGGUCGGAACAUGUACAGCACUACGUUUGGGCAAACAUUGAAUACGCCAUGGAUGCCGCUGACUUCGACGAGAAAUAUCAUUGCGGCCAUAUGGAGUCGAAGGGCCGGGUUGGCAAGUUCAUGCUUGCACAGGGUCAAAUGAGCAUGAAAACCACCCUCUUCAGCACUGGGCCCUACAUGGACAUGCUUUUGGACGGAAUGUUCGUGCCUAUUGGACAAGCAGAUGGUUCCCUCCUAUGGUCCAAUCCAGCCCGUGAGUAUUUCCACAUGCCUCUGCACGCUCUAUCAGCAUCCAAUCGCCGCUUGUACGAUUUCCCUUGGCGGUUCAUUUCGCACUGGCUGACUCUUGCUGAAGCGAGCGAUGUGAAGUUCCCGCUGAUCGCCCUCGAUGAUAUCGGCAUAUACAACCUCUGGAUUUUCGAUAACCCAUCCGAGUCAGCGGGUAUUGACCUCCAAGUUGUGACGGACAAUGUUAGCUUCGGUGAAAUUGCUAAGAUCUUCACUAGAGUCGUAGGCAAACCGGCUUUCCACAAGACUAUACCUUGGGAUCAAUAUGCGAAUUCCGCAGAGCCUUAUCCGGGCGCAUCUGUCAACUGGGCUCUUGGUCCUCAUGCUCUUCGAGAUGAAUCUGUCAUGAGCUGGCGUGAUAACUUCGGGGCUUGGUGGCGUUAUUGGGGAGACGGGAUCACCCAUGCUCGAGACACGACGAUCCUGGAUCGGAUCCAUCCUAAGCGCAUGAAGAGCGUGGCAGAAUGGAUGAAGCAUGUUGGAUAUGACGGAAAGCAGAGGAGUGUGUUGAAAAUGGUUGAUGAUUGGAGUAGCAAGCACGGGGCACCGCGCUCUUACUCGAACUAG